CUUCUUGCCCCCCCGCCUCUCCCGCGAUCGCUCGUCGCUUCCGCCCGUCACACUCGCCGCCCCCUUUCAUUCAGACGCACCCGGAACCAUACGCAUCAUCCGAAAGGAAAAAAAAAAGUCAAAACGAUAAACCGGUUUAAACGAUAUACUCUCGUACGCAAGUUCCAGUACCCCCGACCCCAUCCCAGGAAGGGAGCGACAUUGCGGAAUCCGAUUUGGGCUGGUUUGCCCGCUUGCUCUGCUCUGUAAGCAAGGCUGCAUAGCAGCACUACGUGCCUACCAAGCAACCGUACCUGGUGAUUGUCGGGAUUGCAACAUGGAUUUUAUCAUUGGCCUUGCCCACUGGUGUGAACUUCACGGUCCGACGUCUAUACUCUGUACCCAGAUCAUCCCGCCUGCGUGCGGCGAGUGUAACCCGCCACGAAGCAAUAUCACUCGAUCGCCCAGCACACCGCAGUUGACGGGCGGUCCUACGCCGCCACAAUCCUCCCAUGGCAAUGCCAGGCCCAAUACCACCGCGAAUACUCCCGUCAACAGCCCAACCCCGAGGCCUGCUGCGACGACAACGGCCGCUGCCGCCGCCGCUGCCACGGCGCAUAUAAGUCACUUGGGCAGCAAUGCUGCGGCAUUUUCGCGACUUCCCUCGCCGUCAGAGACACCGCCAGCCUCUCCCAGAAGUCCUGUGAUGGUCCCCGCGUCCACCGCCUUUGCUGGUGGCAGCACCCCAGAGUUGUGUAGGAACUGUACUAUGACCCUCCCAAAGAAGUUCGAGGACGAGGGAAAUAGAGAAAGUUCAACUGGAAGGGGAAUAUCUCCCCCGGGAAGACCAUUGAGAACAACCGAGACGGUGGUCAUUAGCGGCGGCGGUCCGGUCGCGGCAAAAGGGGAUGGUGAAAGGUCUGGCAGAAGUCAACCGCAGUCUUCACCUCAGGUCCAGGCACAGUUCAGCUCGGCGACUCAGUCCCUCACCACGCACACGCACACGGUUACAUACCUCUCGAGUCGAUCGCCGGCGCAGGCUUCACGAUAUUCGCAAGUCCGCCAGGCAUGCAUCCGGUCCCUCUCCUGCGAACUGGUCCCUGCCCAGACCGGCCCCAUACUGUUUGGCGACCAGCAAACGGGUUACACCAUCGCUGUCGUCUUCAAACUGUCAGAUAGCAAAUCACGGGGUGGUCGACGGACGUACGCUUUGCUGUGCAUGUCGAUGAAUCAAAAGUCACUCAUGCAGUCUUGGAACGUCAUUUCAUCGGUCUUCCAGAGCCUAGUCCACGAGAUACAGCUUGCUGCAGUGGAGAAGGCGGCCAGAGACGCCCACGGCACGUCCACGUCUUCAGCUGGUACGUCACUGCCGUCCGUGGGAUCCCGUGGGCCAGAGAGCUUCCUGCGGAGACGUGCGCCUGGCGACGGAUCCAGCGCUAGGAGUUUAGCAGAUUUGAUUGGCAACGACCACUUCUUUGUUAAUAUACACUCCGCUUUUGUCCGUUUGCUGGCGGGACUUUCGAAGAUAUACGGCUAUGGGUCGGCCCCUCGGGAGAUUGCAGCGGAGAUGGCACCACUCUCGAUUGGGCCAGCUGCCUCCUCGGAUGGUCGCUGUCGAGCAGGUAGUGUCAGUUCCACUUCUGCCGGUGGUGCGGGGGACCAAGAUAAGCAGAAACAGCGCCCGCAGCAGCAACAUCAGAGAACGUCACCGCUCAUGUCCGCGUCACAGACUAAUACAACCACCACCCCCCCCUUGCAAGACCCAAUGAUACCCAGCACAACAUGCAGUCGCCAACCCCCGUCAAUAUUACUCGGACGCCCACACCUCUCCCGGCCCCAGCAGCAGCACCAGCAGCAGCAGCGACUGUCCCCGCUACUGCCGCCAGCGAUGCAACCGUAAAACCCUUCGCUGGAAAGCGCGAUAUCUGCCUCCCUCCUCCGCCGCGUCAAUUGUUUGAGCAGGAGAGCAGGUGCCACGAUCCAUGGGAAUAUGAUAACAGCAACUCGAUAGUGGAUCCCCGAGCGUUAAUCGACACCCACGCACAUCGGUUGGACGAGU